UAGCUCUGUAGACCAGGCUGGCCUCAAACUCACAGAGAUCCGCCUGCCUCUGCCUCCUGAGUGCUGGGAUUACAGGUGUGCACCACCACCGCCUGGCCUCAACUACUUAUUGAACAGAUCAUCAGUGAGAAAAGGAACUCUGUCAAGACUCAUGGCACUUCUGCCCAUGGCUCCUGCCACUGGGGCCUCGCCACCCCACAGUCUGUUGAUGCAGAGGUGAAAAACGUACUUAAGGCCCUGGCUCAUCUCUCCACUCCCAGUGUGACUUAAGGCACAAAGCACUUUCUUUCAGAAACACCAGCUUGUCACCUGUGGAAUGUGAAGAUUCCAACCUAGGGAAAGGCUUGGUAGGAGAGGGUACCCUUUCCUUUGCCGCCGCCGCUGGGGAGGCAGCCUGGGAUGGGAGUGUCACAGGGGAGGGAACAGUCUUGGCAAAGCCUUUUUCUGUCCCUCCCUCCCCCAAGCUGCCCUUGGUGACAAGGCAGAGGACCUACACUGAGCUCUCUUUACUCUACCCCAGUUCCGGAACAUGAGUGUUGGAGCCAUGAACAAGAUCUUCCCCCAGGGAGAUUCCGAGAGCCACGCUGCUGCUGGAAAGCGAGCCCGCCCUGGAGGGGAAGGCUGCGGCCCCUGCUGCUGCUCCCGCCGUGGGGCCUGCCUCUCGGCCUCCCUGCUGCUACUGCUGGCCGGGCUCGCCGUCUUGCUUGUCGUGGCCACUGUCCUCGGACGUCCGCCCCGCACCCCAGAGACCCGGUUCUGUGUGACAAUGACCAACAGGACGGGCUUCUUAUGCCAUGACCGAAGGCAGUGCAUCCCGGCCCACAGGGUGUGUGAUGGCAUCCGCACCUGUGCCCAUGGUGAAGAUGAGGAGGAGAGCUUGUGCCGAGAUGUGCCCCAGAGCCUCCCCAGUUUCCUCCUGGCCCACUGUGGAGACCCAGCCUCCUGGAUCUACUCGGACCAGAAAUGUGAUGGCACCAACAACUGUGGGGACUGCUCGGAUGAACUGAGCCCAGUGACUGUGUGCCCACCUUGUGGCCCGGGAUGGUGGCCCUGCACUCCCACUGUCUUCAGGUACUGCAGCUGCAUCCCAAGGGUCCUGUGCCGGGACCGCGUACAGCACUGUGCUGACUGGUCAGAUGAGUACAUCUGUCCUGGACCCUGAGUGGACCUCCCUCCACAGCAUGGAAGCGGGCAUCGGGACCUUCCGCCAGAGCAUCGAACCCUAGACCACACAGGCAGGAAGGAACCUCUGACGUCAUCCAGUGACAGCCUCCCACUCUCUCUAACUCGGAAUUACCUUUCCUCUUUUCAAGGCUCUCAGCCUUUACCUGGGCACCUCCAAUGACAAGGAGCUCACUUCCAUGUUAGACAGCUUCUAACAAAGAUGAGGCGAGUCUGCCUCCAUCUUUUUAGGCCUGCCUAUGGGACCACACAGAGGAAAUACGCUCCUUGGCUCCAGGGCAGGCCUGAAGGUCCCAAUCUUGUCGAUGUUUUUAGAGACAGAUAAAUGUGUGGCUCAAAUGCCGAGCAGAGGAGUUUAGCCCCCGUGGAUAGAAAACAAAGUACACACAUUUACCACCGUCCAUCUGCUGCCCAAGGCAGAACUGCUGAGAUCUCAGGCCGCUGGAGCAUGUUGCUCAGCUCACCAGCAGCCCCCAGUUGACCACAUGGGACGCACGUGGUAUCCUUCUAGCGCCCCAGGCUCCUAGUGGCUGGAGAGUGGGAGGCCCGGAGAGAGGAUCAGUGCCUUCAGCCUCUGCCGGCCCUGCUUCAGCCGACACUCUUCUGCAGGUUGGCAUUUUGGUCCUGAAGCCAGAGUGAGCCAUCUCCCUGAGUUCCUUCUAGCUUCGCGGCACCUAGGCAGGCAAGGGCAGAUGUACUUUUAGACAGAUGGGGAAACUGAGGCCCGGGGGCUAACUUGCCCAGGAUCAACGCUGGAACUGGGACUCAACUUCAGUCUCAAAGUCAGCCUGUGGAACCCUGACCUUAGGGCCUUCCCCACUCGUAAAGAAUAGAGCCACACCUUGGCUGGGGGGAGGGGGGUGACUAUAAAGAGGUAGCUUGAGGGACCAAAAGUAACCCGUCCUAAUCCUGAAAGAGAAACUUGGGAUCUGGCUAUGUGGAGGGCCCCUGUGGGAAGACACAGAGAUAACCCGCUGGAAAUGAAUAAAACUGGUUUUCUAUGUUAGUGUCUUAUAAGGUUUGACCUGAAAAUGGCACCAAAGGAGCCAGUGAGCUCUGGCCCUUCAUUAGUUCUUUCAUUGAUUCGUGCAUUCAUUCAGCCAUUUCUGAACCGAGCUGGGAGCUGGGCCCCCAGAGAAGAGGCCUGGGGCCCAGCACACGAGCAGCGUGAGUCCUUGUGGGGAACCCAUGUCACCCCAUGCAGGGAUGAGUGAGGCAAGCGGGGAUGCUAGGCCCCAGCGACCCUGCUUGAGGGAUGUCCAGCCUCAGCUUGACCCUUCAGCUGGAUGUCUCUGCAGAAGGCAGGCAGGGGUUGUCUUCAGGAGGAGGGACCAUGUGAGCCACAUGACAGUUCUCCUCACCCAUGGACCGUCCAACAGGCUGGAGCAGCCAAAGCAUGGGCAUAUGUGAAAAACAAAGAUGCUCACUUCAUAAUAAGAGUACCGGAGACUCAGCCGAGCAAAAGCAAAUCAAUUUAUUUAACGAUCUUGCAAGGCAUCAGCCCGGACUGGCAGGCUUGCCUCGUGAGUGCAGUUAGCAUUUAUAACCCCUAGUGCGUUUGUGAAUAAUCAGGAGGGCACAGUCUCACAGACCAUCGAGGUUUAAUCUGACCCUCUCCUUCACAUUUGUCUUUUUCUCAGCAAAAACUUUGCAUGGUUUCAUCUGUUUUAUACCCUGUUUAUUUUAAGGCUUAUCAGAUGUGUGCAGGCAAGCUUGGCUGUGAGUAAUUUUCUGUUCUAAACUUCUAGUGUGGACAGGGGUGGGUAGCUUAGCAGAGUUUGGAUAGGGGCAUGUGGACUAGCAGGCAUUAGCAGAGGACCAGCAUUUUCUGGUCAGUUUGCACUGGGCCUCAGUUGACUCAAGGCACCUUGGAAAAGGAAUCAUCAGAUUUUUCUCACAAGGCGGGGGGCAGGCACAGUAGUGGGCAGAGGGUCCAGCUUGCAGGCAGUGGGGUGACAUCGGGGAGAUUAAGCCAGGAACAUGGACUGUUUUAACAGUAUCUAAAACCUGUCUCUGCUGGACGGUGGUGGCAUUCACCUUCAAUCCCAACACUCAGGAGGCAGAGACAGGUGAAUCUCUGAGUUCGAGACCAGCCUGCUCCAGGACAGCCACGGCUACACAGAAAAACCCUGUCUUGAAGUGUUUCAAAAUAAAAUAAUAAAACCUGUCUCUUGGUGCCUU